AUGGCAUCCAACACAACUUCUUCCGUCUCUUCCAUUCGCAAAGUCAUUUCCUUUGCAGGCGGUCUCCUAUCACAAAUACCAAUAAUCAAUAAUCCUUCAUCUGCUUCAUCGGCCGUCGCAGCUCCUAGACCCUACAUACCCUUUGGAAAUGCACCGUCAUGUCCAUCAACCUCUCCUCUCUCCUGCCACAACAGCACCGCCGCUCCCGAUUCUUGCUGCUUCGUCUAUCCCGGUGGCCAACUUCUCCAGACUCAAUUCUGGGAUUACAGUCCUGCAAUAGGGCCUGUUGACAGUUGGACUCUUCAUGGUCUUUGGCCUGAUCUCUGCGAUGGGUCCUAUCCCACAUAUUGCCAUAGUACUCCCCAAUACCACAACAUAACCUCCAUCCUAACCGCCGCAUCCCAAACUGAUCUUCUCGCAUACAUGCAUGAAUAUUGGCUCCCCAAUCGGGGAUCCGCCGAAACCUUUUGGGAACAUGAGAUGAACAAACAUGGAACAUGUGUAAAUACUCUCGCACCAUCUUGCUAUGGCGACAAAUACGAAGCUGGUGAUGAAGUCGUCGAUUUCUUUACGAGGGCUGUGGGGCUAUUCAAAGAGUUGGAUACUUAUAAAGCACUCGAGAAGGCGGGAAUUGUGCCAAGUUAUUCGGCUACUUACACCGAGGAUCAGAUCCAGGCGGCAUUGACUGCGGUUACUGGAAGUGAGGUUGUAUUGGGUUGUUCGAAUGGUAGAUUGAACCAGGCCUGGUAUAGCUUUAAUGUCAAAGGAAGUUUGCAGUUAGGAGAAUUUGUGGCUACGGCUCCAGCUGGAAAAGGUGGGAGAGGAACUUGUCCUAGAAAGGGGAUCAAAUACUUGCCCAAGAAGAAAUAA